UAAAUAUCUAAGAUGAGUUUGAGUUGGUUGGUUUCUCCUUAAUUACACAAAACUACUAAUGGAUAUUUUAUAAAUCAUGAUAAUAUCAUGCUUGGUAAUUAAAAUUGCAAUUAUUUAAUCAGCUGGACCAUAAGAUAAAAGAAGACUAAUAUUUUAUUAUAUUGUAAGCUAGACACCAGAAAAGAUUACAAAAGAAGAUCACUAAAAAUAUAUCAAAGAAAAGUUCAUAGAUGUAGAUGUAAGAUCUGGAAUAUUUUCUUUUGGUGGUAUUUUCUUGUCUUUAGCAACAAUGAGGGAAUAACAGUUAAUUACUUCAAGAAUCACAAAUCGACCAAUCUUUAAUGGAUUAUUGAUUUUGGGAGUUGGUAAUAUUAAGUAAUAGAAUGCAUUUAGGUUUGAUUGCAGCAGCAUUUUCAUACAAUUUAUCAUAAAUCUUAUUUGAGCCACUUUUUGUUCAAAGAAACUAAGUGAUAUCUGAUUUAUCAGAGAAAUAUAAUUUUUCAGUUUUUGACUUCGCUUUAGCAAAGAAAGAAGCUAGAUUAAAACAAUUAAGAGCAGAAUUAACAAGUGAUAGUAGUAAUGCAGCACAUUUUUGAAUUAAAUAUUAC